UUGCUACUUAAAACCCGGCCCAGCGUGCCCUUGCUAACAGUUCGUAAUAGGCCAUCGAAGAUCACUCAUUGGAGUCGAGAUGAAGUCGCUGACGGGCGUGGUAAUUGUAGUGCUCGUGAAAGUGUUAGACAUUACGGCGUUCCACAGAAACCCAUUUGAUGUGAUCAGAGGCUGUAAGCAGUAUGACUGGGUGUCCUCGUACGACGAAGCACUGACAUACUUUCCGGUGGCAAAUCUACUACACGUUGGUCUGAAGGAAAAAUCGCAGAUCUUUAAAAUUGCUAUUUUAGGACCUAAUGAUGGACUCAUUCGGUUUGGUGAAUCCCUAUAUCCGUACGAUAAGGAUGUGAUUGAGAUUGUGCUCGGAGGCUGGGCAAAUAGCAAAAGUGCUGGACGAAGGCAGCAUCGUACGGCUUCGAAUAAAAACACCAACCACCAGCUGGUUGAGGCACAAACACCGAAUUUGAUGUCCCAGUAUCGGCCUGUCAUGUUUGUGCUGGAAGUGUUCCACAACGGAACGGUUCAAGUGAGCAUCGAUGGACAAGAUCAUCCGUUUCUGUCGUUUUACGAUAGUAAUCGCACUCGUCCACAUUACAUGGCGUUUACCAAGUGGGAUAAGGAGGUCGUUUUCUUCUACGAUUGUCCGCUGGAUAAUGUGAACACUUUGUACGAAUCCUUGCUGUUGAAUUGCACUGUUGCCUAACAGCAUGCGUAUGAAGAAAGGUACUCCACAAUUUAAUCGAACGGCUUUCAAAAUAAAUAAUCUUUUAUUACAUUUUAAAUUAUAUUAUGAGAUAUUGGUGAGAGAAAGCCGCUUAAUAGAUUUUUUUUACGACGAAUACAACACUUUUCCUUCAUACUUGUGCAAAGGUAAUACAAAAAGGUCAUUUGAUUUUCAUUGUGUUUUUGAUUGUAGUAGUUGUGAACGGGGGUCAUACGCAUGAGAAGCCGGUUUUUUGUAAAUCAUGGAAUCUCGCAUCAGUCUCGCUGACAGUUAAGAUAGUGCUCCAAUAGCAAUGAUCGCGUUCACGCUGUUAACGCUGGCGCUCGUGCUGGUGGUUAGUCCCAGUACGGCAAACACUUCGCAUAGCAAUUCGUUUGACGCAAUUAAAGGAUGCCUACAGUUUGACGAGGUGCCAGGAUACAACGACACACCGGUGUACUUCCCCACCAACAGCUUCCGAAACGUGGGCCGCACGAGCAAUUCGCGCUACUUCCGGAUCGGCAUUGUCGGUGCUAACGAUGGUCACAUUCGCUUCGGUCGGUCGGCAUUCCCGUACGAUGAAUCCGUCGUAGAGCUGGUGCUCAGUGGCUGGGGUAAUACACAGUCGGUGGCCCGACGACAGUUGCGUCGUCGGAACCAGUCGUUCACAAAUGUGCUGCUGAAGGAAGCUUCCACACCGCGGCUAUUGCACCGUUCGCGACCGCUCGUAUUCCGGCUGGAAGUUUUCGACAAUGGGCGCGUGCAGCUGACGAAGGAUGGCGAACGGCGUCCGUUUUUCGAGUACAGCGAUAGCCAGAACGCGAUUCCACCGGAUUAUAUGGCGUUCGUGAAGUGGGAUGUGGAUCUGAUUUACUUCUACGACUGUCCGCUGAACGAUGAUGGGGCGGGUGCAGUCGGAGAAGAGUCCGUCCUAUUGCGAUGCAGCCUUGCGUAAGGUUAAGGUUAAGGGAGAGGACCCUGGUUUACUUCUUAAGCUACAUGGAAGGUGUUUGAAUGUGAGAAAGGGCAAUAAAUCAUGGCAGCUGCUUUGUAGUGGCUUAACAACCAGCUAGAUCACGGCA